GGAGGGAGUGGAGGAGCCGGGGAGGGGCUCCUUAAAGAAACGCUGCUGUCGCUCGCCUGCUCGCUCCUCGCUCGGCAUUGUGGCCAGCCAGCCGGGCACUCGGGGGGUACGCGCGGCCGCCGCUCGAGCUUUGCCCCCACCCCACCCGCCGGCAGAUCUGGGGUGGGGACCCAGGCGGGGGCUCCUGCAGCCACUGCCCGGCGCGGACCGCACCGAGCGCCCCACUCCUCCCGGCGCCGAGAAAGGAGCAACGGAGCCCUCUGCAGCCGGCCGGCCUCCCCGCCCCUGACCACUCGCUUCCCGGCUGCCUUUGUGGCCGCAGCUUCUCGCCGCCGAGCCGAGGGCCGGCGGGGGCGCGGCGCGCACGGCCGAGCGAUGCCCAGCUCCCUGUUUGCAGAGCUGGAGCGCAACGGCAGCGGCGGCGGAGGGGGAGGCGGCGGCGGCGGUGGCGGCGGCGGCGGCGGCGGCGGCGGGGGAGAGACCCUGGAUGACCAAAGAGCCCUGCAGCUCGCGCUCGAUCAGCUCUCCCUGCUGGGGCUGGACAGUGACGAGGGCGCCUCUCUGUACGACAGUGAGCCGCGCAAGAAGAGCGUGAACAUGACCGAGUGCGUGCCGGUGCCCAGUUCCGAGCACGUCGCCGAGAUCGUGGGGCGGCAAGGUUGUAAAAUCAAAGCGCUGCGGGCGAAGACCAAUACUUACAUCAAGACCCCGGUUCGCGGGGAGGAGCCUGUCUUUGUUGUGACGGGCAGGAAGGAGGAUGUGGCCAUGGCUCGGAGGGAGAUCAUCUCCGCCGCGGAGCACUUCUCCAUGAUCCGCGCCUCGCGGAAUAAGAACACGGCGCUCAACGGCGCAGUGCCCGGGCCGCCCAACCUGCCUGGACAGACCACCAUCCAGGUGCGGGUGCCCUAUCGCGUGGUGGGGCUCGUGGUGGGGCCCAAGGGCGCCACGAUCAAGCGCAUCCAGCAGCAGACGCACACGUACAUCGUGACGCCCAGCCGAGACAAGGAGCCGGUGUUCGAGGUGACCGGCAUGCCUGAGAACGUGGACCGAGCUCGCGAGGAGAUCGAGGCGCACAUCGCCCUGCGCACGGGCGGUAUCAUUGAGCUCACGGAUGAGAACGACUUCCACGCCAACGGCACGGAUGUGGGCUUUGAUCUGCAUCACGGGUCCGGCGGGUCCGGCCCGGGCAGCCUCUGGAGCAAGCCCACCCCCAGCAUCACGCCCACCCCCGGCCGCAAGCCCUUCUCUAGCUACCGCAACGACAGCUCCAGCUCGCUCGGCAGCGCCUCCACAGACUCUUACUUCGGCGGGGGGACCGGCGGCAGCACAGCCGCCACCCCGCGCCUAGCGGACUACAGCCCCCCCAGCCCCGCGCUCAGCUUCGCCCACAACGGGAACAACAACAACGGCAAUGGAUACACCUACGCGGCGGGGGAAGCUUCCGUGCCUUCCCCCGACGGCUGUCCCGAGCUACCGCCCACCUUCGACCCGGCCCCCGCCCCCCCGCCUGGGGCGCCCCUGCUCUGGGCGCAGUUCGAGCGGUCCCCGGGGGGCGGACCUGCGGCGCCCGUGUCCUCUUCCUGCUCUUCCUCCGCGUCUUCUUCCGCUUCGUCCUCCUCGGUGGUCUUUCCCGGGGGCGGCGCCAGCGCGCCCUCCAAUGCCAACCUGGGGCUGCUGGUGCACCGCCGGCUGCACCCGGGCACCAGCUGCCCGCGCCUGUCCCCGCCCUUGCACAUGGCGCCGGGGACGGGCGAGCACCACCUGGCGCGCCGGGUGCGCAGCGACCCGGGCGGAGGGGGCCUGACCUACGCCGCCUAUGCCAACGGGCUGGGGGCGCAGCUGCCGGGCCUGCAGCCGUCGGACACCUCCGGCUCGUCGUCGUCGUCCAGCUCCUCCUCCAGCUCCUCCUCCUCGUCGUCGGGGCUGCGGCGGAAGGGCAGCCGCGACUGCUCCGUGUGCUUCGAGAGCGAGGUGAUCGCCGCGCUCGUGCCCUGCGGCCACAACCUCUUCUGCAUGGAGUGCGCCAACCGCAUCUGCGAGAAGAGCGAGCCCGAGUGCCCGGUCUGCCACACCGCGGUCACUCAGGCCAUCCGCAUCUUCUCCUGAAGGCGGCGCGCGCCUGCGCGCACCCCGCGGGGAGG